UGGCAACCACACUGUCGGACAGAGAAAUGCUCCCACGGAACCAAAUAGGUCUGUGAGACAGACACAUACCAUGUGCACCUCCGGCCCCCUCGAAUCGUACCGAUGGCACCCAGGAACCUUCCUACAGGAAAGAAACCCUUGGACUGCCAUACCGAUGGGGGUUGCCACAUGGGAGGGGGCGGGCGUGGGAGUGCUGGGAUUGGGGAGGUCCUAGAUCCAAACCCUUGCCCUUGCAGUGGGUCCCAGGGACAUCCUGCUGUGCAACAGAAGGGACGACAUCUAGUCACUGUCCUUGGAACCCAAGGGAGGAGCAUGGGAGAAAAACAGGAGGGAUAGACAUGUCCGAUGGGAUCACUCUGGGGCGAACCUGCAAAGGAUGCCCUUCGAGGCAGCGACAGUCCAGAAAGAGCCAUGACAACAAAAACCCCAAGAAAGCAUCUCAGCCUUCACCGAGGAAGGCGUCCGGGUCGAGACGGCUGCCCCUCGCUCGGCAAAAGAGACAGACCGAAGGACGCCGCGGAUUCGGUCAAGCUCUCCAAGCCUAGCCACAUCGGACCCGACCUAACGACCGGGCGUGGAUGAAGUCACGAGGAGAAAGACGUGAUUCCCUUUGAACUGAUUCACUCGCCGAGUUAUCUUCCUGCACACACGUGCGGCAUGCAGAUCCACUCUGCUCUGCCAAAGGCUCCACUCCUACGCUGGACAUCCCCAGCCUGGCACUUCAAACCCACUCACACCCGAGGCAUUGUGUCAGCAGAGAUUCGGGAUCGAUAUGUCUAUCCAUUUCCUUAGCUAUUUCUCCUAUUGUGUGUGUGUGUGUGUGUGUGUGUGUGUGUGUGUGUGUACAUCCAUGAAGAGAGAGAGCGAGAGAGAGAGCGAGAGAGACUGAGAGAGUGUGAGAGAGAAAGAGAGACUGACAUGGACGCAUGUCUUUAUCCAUUCAGCUCAUUGGUUGCAAUCGCUCUUCUUACUUUUCCCAUUGAUUUGGGGGCCCCCUGACACACGGAGUUGCGGUCUGGCCAGUGCUCUAUCACCCAAGGCAGCCCUGGCCCCCGCCACAGCACUGACCGGGAGAGACCCUUCAGCCUGGCAGCCACGUGGGAACUCCCUGAGAGCUUGCUGGAGGAGACCAAUCCACCACAGUCCUUAACUCAUCAGACCUGGACUCGGCCAGGCCUCCAUAGCCUGGUGCCCUCCUGACAAGGGAGGCUCCUCCGGAGAGGCGAGAAGGACACUUCCCUCAGCCUCCCGAGUGCACCCAUGCACGGGGCUUAGCCCAGCUGCCCACGCUCUUGCCACCGAAGCCCCGCCCCCCCAUGCAGUCCUCGGCACCCCCCUCCUUCUCACUUGCCGACGCAACCCCUGAUGGGGAGGGGCUUGACCAGGGCCAGCUUCUCACGGUCCAAUCCCGAGGCUGUGCGGGUCUGGGCGCCUGCCUCGAGAGGACCCCCGGGCACGCCAACACCCAGGACAUGCUUCAAGCCUUCGAAACCCACUGCCACCCCACCAGGCUGCCCAUCCACCGCCAAAUCCGGAAGGCACACCUCUGCCCUCCGCCUGACAGGAGGUGUCUUGCAGGAGAGAGUCCCUGGGGCCCAGGACACAGCCGCACAUCCUCUGGGUGCUUGCCGUGGGUGCGCUCCGCUCAACACUCCAUCCGCCCCAAGGCGGGGCCUGCCCAUUUGGAGCCUUGCAGCUCUCACCUGUUCCAGCCUCCUCCUCGGAGCCGCACCUGGGGCCAGAAGGGGCUCGGGCGCCCUCGUGUGGACAUCUGCUCGAACAGCCCCUCGCAGGCUUCCCUCUCUCUGGCUCAGCAGUCCCUGGGGCUGCAUUGUCUGGGGCCCAGAGGACGGUGGGCUCUCCUUCCCCCACUCUCUCUCGGGAAAGACCAAGAAGGGCCCGGCCACGUAGGUGCUCGCUCUCGCGCUCGCUCUCUCUCGCUCUCUCUCACUCUCUCUCGCUCUCUCUGUCUCUCGCUCUCAAGGCCUUUCGGGGUGCAGAGGCCAACCUCCACCAGGCCUCGCUCUGGAAACCCUUCUCUCCACAUCCACCAGGGCGUGCCAGCCUGCUUCCUUUUGGAUAGAGCCUUGCCCACAGGCCUUUCGGGGUGCAGAGGCCAACCUCCACCAGGCCUCGCUCUGGAAACCCUUCUCUCCACAUCCACCAGGGCGUGCCAGCCUGCUUCCUUUUGGAUAGAGCCUUGCCCACAGGCCUUUCGGGGUGCAGAGGCCAACCUCCACCAGGCCUCGCUCUGGAAACCCUUCUCUCCACAUCCACCAGGGCGUGCCAGCCUGCUUCCUUUUGGAUAGAGCCUUGCCCACAGGUAUGGAGGAAGAUGGGUGCGUGUGAGGAUGGAACGAGUAUGUCUGUCUGCCUUUUUCCCCUUUGAUUCCUUCCUUCGUCCCGUUCAGUCUGGCCUCGAGGCUUUCCUUCUUCCUUGUCUGUUCUGGCCGGUUGUCUCUUUCCCUUCUCUCUCCAAAUGGAUUGACCCCACCUGGAGUGCGCCCGAUUGGGAUCCCCAUCCAUGUCUGCCAAGGCGCGGUGCUGACCCAACCCACCCCACCGACCAAGUCAGCCCCUCUCCCAAGGGGGCCAGAAGGGAACCCAGGGAGCCCUUUCUUGGGAUCAGGUCAUAGCGCAGCUUGCAUAGGCCCGGCCUGCCUCUAGCUCACACCCUCUCAGCCGGUGCCUAGAAGGAAGAGAAGAGCCUCCCAAGGAAAGGCAAAGGGGGGUUCCUGAGCCCUCGGGAGAGACUCUGCCCCGCGCUUGGCACCGCUGCUCUCCCUGAGAGCUCCGUCCGUUUUGGCCCCUGCCAUGCACGCCUCACGCCUCGCAGGCACAGUGCGCGCACCCCGAAACCCAGGUCACGCUGGGCUUCCCAGUGGAACAGCUCAAGCACUCAAACCAGGAAGGAGAACCCAAAACCACCAACCCAGGUGACACGUGGGGCGGAGGCCUGAAUCCACGCGGCCCGUAUCCGGAGAGCCAGACGGCAUCCAGCGCCGGACGAAGCACACCAUCCCUGAUUCCUAGAGAAGUCCAAGUCCCAACGAGGCCGAGGGUCCUCUUCAGCCCUGUCCCCGUGGCCACGCUUAGGAGGCCUUUGAAUGACAGCCCCUGGGCGGAGUGUGGCAAAGAAGGUGCCCUCCCACGGGGUGGGUGUGUCCGGCCCUUUGGUCAACCGCUACGGACCCCAAGGUCCACGGCAUCCCCAAAGAACCCUGGAAUGACCAUCAGACCCAGCACUACCCCUCACGGCCCUGUCUCCAAAAACACGUCCUCUUCCACAACUUAAACGCCCCCACUAGGUUCAGGCAGCCCUCUGCCCAGGAGCAACGCAAGGAAACACAUUCGAUGUCCAUGGACAGAUGAUCGGACUAGGAAGCAGACGUCCCCAGACACAACGGAAGUGGAUACAGCCACCCAAGUGCGCAGACACAGGGGCCGGUGGCAACCACACUGUCGGACAGAGAAAUGCUCCCACGGAACCAAAUAGGUCUGUGAGACAGACACAUACCAUGUGCACCUCCGGCCCCCUCGAAUCGUACCGAUGGCACCCAGGAACCUUCCUACAGGAAAGAAACCCUUGGACUGCCAUACCGAUGGGGGUUGCCACAUGGGAGGGGGCGGGCGUGGGAGUGCUGGGAUUGGGGAGGUCCUAGAUCCAAACCCUUGCCCUUGCAGUGGGUCCCAGGGACAUCCUGCUGUGCAACAGAAGGGACGACAUCUAGUCACUGUCCUUGGAACCCAAGGGAGGAGCAUGGGAGAAAAACAGGAGGGAUAGACAUGUCCGAUGGGAUCACUCUGGGGCGAACCUGCAAAGGAUGCCCUUCGAGGCAGCGACAGUCCAGAAAGAGCCAUGACAACAAAAACCCCAAGAAAGCAUCUCAGCCUUCACCGAGGAAGGCGUCCGGGUCGAGACGGCUGCCCCUCGCUCGGCAAAAGAGACAGACCGAAGGACGCCGCGGAUUCGGUCAAGCUCUCCAAGCCUAGCCACAUCGGACCCGACCUAACGACCGGGCGUGGAUGAAGUCACGAGGAGAAAGACGUGAUUCCCUUUGAACUGAUUCACUCGCCGAGUUAUCUUCCUGCACACACGUGCGGCAUGCAGAUCCACUCUGCUCUGCCAAAGGCUCCACUCCUACGCUGGACAUCCCCAGCCUGGCACUUCAAACCCACUCACACCCGAGGCAUUGUGUCAGCAGAGAUUCGGGAUCGAUAUGUCUAUCCAUUUCCUUA